CGUUCACAAUCAGAUAAGAUGAUAAGAAGAGUCUCAAUCUUAAAAUUUCAAGGUCAAUGUUCUUUUUUUUUAAUCUAAUGCUCAGUACUCAAGCCUCUAUAUGCGAUGAAGGAGAUAUGAAGAUUGCACUCCCUUCCCAGGGUUUCCUUCUGGCGGGACUUUGACUCUUAUUACUUCUAAUAAGCCCUAAGCCCUUAAACCCCAUUUAAUCGCAUACCAAGCCUAAAAGUAUAAACCAAAAACUUUCAAAUUUCCUCAACCAUAUGUAUUUGUAUUUAUUAAUAAUUAUAACCGCACGUGACGUAGAACAAAACAUCUUUUUUUUGCGGCGUUAUUAAAUAAAUUCUCUGAAGUAUUUACACAAUUGGGCAGAGAAUCCAAAGCUAGCAACAAAGACUAGGCAGCUAAAUUUAUAAUUUAAAUACGUUUCUUUGUGCACAAUGAAUGAAGGAAGGAAUCCAAUGGUAAACAUCUUUCAAGGCCGAUCUAUAGUUAUAAGCUAUAAAACCAGCAUGCUUCAAAUUGCGAGUAAGAGUUAGACAUUGAAAUGCGCUUGACAUUGGCUUUUCUGGUACUGAUCGUACUGAUCGCUGUGGCCACCGAUGCCCAAAGGAGUCAGAGAAGGACCAAUGCCAGGACCUUGGCGAACGUAACAUCACGGCGAUCGAGGACUGGAACGAACCGGGUCAGGACAAGAGCUGGCACAGUGAGCAGACGAUCGUUGAAUGGACGCAAUUCCCGUGGUGUGAUCGUGAUCAAUACUGGAAGCAGCUCCACCAGUAGCACCUCUUCCAGGCCAGCCUCUCGCUGCAGGACAACGACCUGUUCUGCCAACACAAAUGUCUGCGGCAGGUGGGCCAAUACCCGCAGGUGUCGUCGCUUCAGAAACAACUGCCGGCUGGAGGCAACCAACUGCAAUACGAGUGUGUCAAGUUGGAAUAUGGUUAACAUUGGCAACUGUUCGAGCAUUGCUGUCAACACCACUGGCACCUGUGUCAGCACCUUCUCAACAUCCUCCUCUUCAUCGACUUCCUCUUCCACGAGCUCCACGUUGUCCAACAUACUCUCCUCCAUAUUGGGUUCAUCGUCUUCAUCGAAUAUAACUCCAAUUAUUAUACGAAGAGGCUGAAAAAGGAAAAUUCAAUCAAUUCAAUUCAAUUUUGGAAAGCUGAAUACAUACCCUUUGGCAUGGAAUCAAUGAACCGAAUUUUUAUCAUAACUCAAUCAAAAAUGAAUUAAUUUCAAAUCGGAAAGUAUUUUUGUGUUUAAUAG